AGUUCUUACUACGCUGUCGCUGAAUCUUCAUGAUUUUUUGAACCAUGAAAAUGUUCUGGUAUCUUUUUUUGAUAACGUUGGCCAUAGCCCGUGGUCAAUUUAACCCAAACUACGUACCAGGACGUACGGUGAUGGUCUUCCUUAUGGACUGGAAGUAUCAGGAUGUCGCAUUGGAGUGUGAGAGAUUCCUGGGACCGAAAGGCUUUGGUGGAGUCCAAGUUUCAUCUCCAGCUGAGAAUGAUAUUGUUACGGAUCCUUUGCGCCCUUGGUGGGAACGCUAUCAAAUUAUUUCCUACAUCAUCGGAUCGCGGUCAGGAAACGAGGAUGAUUUUGCCGACAUGUGCGCUAGAUGCAAUAAAGUCGGAGUUCGUAUCUACGUUGAUGCUAUUUUCAAUCAUAUGGGGUCCCUACCAAACAUGGUUGGAACUGCUGGAUCAACAGCAGAUGGGCCAACUAAAUCUUAUCCAGCUGUGCCUUAUGAAGCUUCAAACUUCCAUCCUUCCUGCCCUCUUACUACAUUCCAGGUUACCUUCAUUGUUCGCAACUGUGAACUACUGGGUGCUCCUGAUCUCGAUCAAUCACAACCCUACGUUCGUGAGAAAAUUAAAGGAUAUCUAGAUCAUUUGAUUACUCUGGGGAUAGCUGGUUUUCGCGUUGACUCCGCCAAGCAUAUGUGGCCUAAAGACCUCAAAGCUAUCUACAGCAGCCUUAGAGAUCUGAAUACAGACUUUGGUUUCCCGCCGAAAUCUAGGCCUUUUGUCUUCCAGGAAGUUAUUGAUGCAGGCGGUGGCUCUGAACCCAUUAACAAGUAUGAAUAUUCACCAAUUGGAGUUGUUACUGAAUUCCUCUACUCAUACAUUUUGACUGACUUCUUCCGUGGCAAUCGAAAUUUGAGCGAUUUAGCCACGUGGGGUCAAUCUGAGUGGAAGUUCCUUCCAUCUAAGGCUGCUCUGGUGUUUGUUGAGAACCACGACAACGAGCGGGCAACACCUCCUGUGCUUAACUACAAGGAUGGCAAACCGUACUGGAUGGCUGUUGCUUUUGAAUUAGCUCAUCCAUACGGCUACCCGUAUCUCAUGUCCGAUUUUAACUGGACAACCUACGAUCAGGGACCACCAAUGGACGAAGAUCAGAACAUAAUCUCACCAACAAUCAAUAAAGAUGGCAGCUGCGGAAGUGGAUGGGUUUGCCAGCAUCGUUGGAGGCAGAUCUACAGCAUGGUUGGCUUUAGGAACCAAGUAGGCUACGCACGGUUUACUAACUUCUGGUCUAAUGGCAAGAAUCAGAUUGCUUUUGCUCGUCAAGGAUGCGGUUUUGUUGCCUUCAACAAUGAUGAUGUUGAUCUGAAUGAAGUGCUCCAGACUACUCUUCCAGCAGGAACUUAUUGUGACGUUUCUACAGGAUACGCCAAAGCAGGUCAAUGCACUGGAAGGACUGUCGUUGUGGAAGAUGAUGGAACAGCUACCAUUGAAAUUUCUGCAUCAGAUGAUAUUGGAUUCAUUGCUAUCCAUAUUGGGCAGAUGUUGUAAAAUGUAAUGAAGAUUAAACUUAAAGAAGGAGACUUAUAUCCUUUAUCAGGGUUCUAAAUUUUUCUUUAACUUCGGAAAGCCUUUUAAAGGUUUUCCGAAGAAAUAAUAAAAAAAGCGUCUUCCAAAAAAAUCAUUUUAUUAACAAAUACAGAAAUAUUAACAGGA